AUGCUCAAUCUCGCCCGCAAGACUUUGCAGCGUGUGCCCAGCUUCCAGGAUAUUUUGCAAGGCAGAAUGUCCCACCCAGAUAUCUCGGUCGAUGUCUUGGUCAUCGGGGCUGGUCCCACUGGCCUAGGUGCUGCGAAGCGCCUCAAUCAGAUUGAUGGACCAUCUUGGAUGAUCGUGGACGCCAACGAGACCCCUGGCGGCCUGGCCUCUACAGAUAUUACCCCCGAGGGAUUCUUAUACGAUGUUGGGGGGCAUGUAAUCUUCUCCCACUACAAAUACUUCGACGAUUGCAUCCAUGAGGGCCUGCCCAAGGACGACGACUGGGACACCCACCAGCGCAUUUUCUACGUCCGAUGUAAGGGGCUCUGGGUGCCCUACCCUUUCCAGAAUAAUAUUUCCAUGCUGCCUAAGGAGGACCAGGUCAAAUGCUUGGAUGGGAUGAUCGAUGCCGCCCUUGAAGCCCGCGUGUCCAACACAAAGCCCAAGGACUUCGAUGAGUGGAUUCUCCGCAUGAUGGGGAAGAGCAUUUGCGUCCCGCUAACCGCUAUCAGAUGCCAAUGCGCCUGGGCUUGGCGAGCGUGUCGCGGCGCCAAAUCUCAAGGCUGUGACCAGAAACGUCGUCCUGCAAAAGACCGGCCGGAAACUUGGGGUCCCAACGCAACCUUUUCCUUUCCCCCCCGCCGGGGGGCCCCGCGGGAUAAUGGAUUGCAGUCGCAAACACCCUGCCCAAGGAAUAACACUCGAUUCGGCGAGCAUGGCAAGGUCGCCAAGGUUAAUGCUGCCAGUAAGACCGUCGUGCUUGCCGAUGGCACCACUGUCGGCUACCAGAAGCUCGUCUCUACCAUGCAAGUAGACACGCUUGUCGAGCAGAUGGGAGAUAAAGAGUUGGUCGACCUGAGCAAGGGCCUGUUCUACUCUUCCACCCAUGUCAUUGGUGUUGGAAUCCGUGGUAAACGCCCAGAGAGAAUCGGCGAUAAGUGCUGGCUCUACUUCCCCGAAGACAACUGCCCCUUCUACCGCGCCACAAUCUUCUCCAACUACUCCCCCAACAACCAACCAGCCGCCGACAAACGACUCUCCACCCAGCAACUUGCCAACGGCUCCAAACCCCACAACCAAACCCCGCAGCCAGGUCCCUACUGGUCCAUCAUGCUCGAAGUCUCCGAAUCGUCCCUCAAACCCGUCAACACCGCCACCCUCCUCGCAGACUCCAUCCAGGGCCUCGUCAACACCGAGAUGCUCCAGCCCACCGACGAGAUCGUCUCGACCUACCACCGCCGCUUCGACCACGGCUACCCGACCCCGUCCCUCGAGCGCGAGGGCGUCCUCACCCAGCUCCUCCCGCGCCUGCAGGCGCAGGACAUCUGGUCGCGCGGCCGCUUCGGCAGUUGGCGCUACGAGGUGGGCAACCAGGACCACUCGUUCAUGCUUGGCGUGGAGGCCGUGGACAAUAUCGUCAACGGCGCCGUGGAGCUGACGUUGAAUUAUCCGGACUUCGUCAAUGGGCGGCAGAAUGGGGAGCGGAGGCUUGUGGAUGGGGCGCAGUUGUUGGCGAAGAAGAGGGAGAUGAAUUAA